GGGAAAUGCUGUGUGAAAAUAGCAAUCCAAAAGUUCUUAGUAAACUGCAGCCAGAGGGACUCAGACUAGAAUGGAGGUAGGAAGAGCUGGGACAGCUUGGGCUUAAUCCUAAGCUUUUCUUCGGGCUGAGUUUCUGUUGCUUGUUAACUUAGGGCAUUUGCAGAUAGAUGUAUUGCUCACUGGUGGUGUGGAGGCUUGGGCAGAACCAACAUCAACGUUCUGAGCUAGAGUUUGGAAUACCAGUGUGUGUGUGCGUUCAGUGUUUUUAUUAAAGGAAAUCAAGAGCCCAGCACAGAUCCUGUCUUCAUCACCUAACUGCAAAACCAGAAGUUAAGAAACAGUAUCCUAAAGGCACUUUUCAGAAGUCUUGAGAUGGCUCUGAAUAAUUGUUCCCACCUGGACCUGGAAGUGGACCCUUUCCUGCAUUGCAACAACACCUUCAAUCAAAGUCUGAACCCCCCCAAGAUGGACAACUGGUUCCACCCAGGAAUCAUUUAUGUCAUUCCUGCUGUUUAUGGGGUUAUCAUCGUGAUAGGCCUCAUUGGCAAUAUCACCCUGAUCAAGAUCUUCUGUACAGUCAAGUCCAUGCGAAACGUGCCAAACCUGUUCAUCUCUAGCCUGGCUUUGGGAGACCUGCUGCUGCUGGUAACCUGUGCCCCUGUGGAUGCCAGCAAGUACCUGGCUGACAGAUGGCUAUUUGGCAGGAUGGGCUGCAAACUUAUCCCCUUUAUACAGCUUACCUCAGUGGGGGUGUCUGUCUUCACACUAACGGCACUGUCUGCAGACAGGUACAAAGCUAUCGUCCGACCAAUGGAUAUCCAGGCAUCACACGCCCUGAUGAAGAUCUGUCUCAAAGCUGCCUUGAUCUGGAUUGUCUCUAUGCUGUUGGCCAUCCCAGAGGCUGUGUUUUCUGACCUCCAUCCGUUCCAUGUGAAAGAUACCAACCAAACCUUCAUUAGCUGUGCCCCCUACCCACACUCUAAUGAGCUGCACCCUAAAAUCCACUCUAUGGCUUCCUUUCUGGUUUUCUACAUUAUCCCACUGUCAAUCAUCUCUGUCUACUACUACUUCAUUGCCCGAAAUCUGAUUCAGAGUGCCUACAAUCUUCCCGUGGAAGGCAAUAUACAUGUCAAGAAGCAGAUUGAAUCCCGGAAGCGACUUGCCAAGACAGUACUGGUGUUUGUGGGACUCUUUGCCUUCUGUUGGCUCCCCAAUCACGUCAUCUACCUGUACCGCUCCUACCACUACUCAGAGGUGGACACCUCCAUGCUCCACUUUGUCACCAGCAUCUGUGCCCGCCUCCUGGCCUUCACCAACUCCUGUGUGAACCCCUUUGCCCUCUAUCUGCUGAGCAAGAGCUUCAGGAAGCAGUUCAACACUCAGCUUCUCUGCUGCCAGCCUGGCCUAAUGAGCCGGUCCCACAGCACUGGGAGAAGUACCACCUGCAUGACCUCCUUCAAAAGUACCAACCCCUCAGCCACCUUCAGCCUCAUCAAUGGAAACAUCUAUCAUGAGGGGUAUGUCUAGACUAAUCCCUCGACAUUGCCUCCUAAGGGACUCCAGAUUUUGUUUUAUGGAUGGCCAGGAGCCCUGUAAUUGGUUGUUAUCUCUGUACUUUCCAAAGACCCUUCAGGAGGCUGAGGGAUACAGAUGGGUAGGAGAGAUGUGCAAAUGCACCAAUCACUAUUGUAUCUCAAAGUGCUGGCUUCAUUUUCCAUUUCAGUUUGGGAGGGCUUCUUCUGAUGGAGAUCAAAUCUUCCUUUAAAGAGGAAGGAACAAAUUGGAAAUUAUUACCCAAAGCGCCAAGCCCUGCUAUGCAAGUAUGGUCAAUUAAGUCAUAGAAAUUGUAUGAACAAAGAGAGCUGAGAAGCCAUGCAUUGGAUAUCUACUCUGUGAAAGAUUUUAUUUAAACAGAAGCUGAUUGCUUUCAAAACAUGGCUUGACUCUUUUUUCCAGAAAUAUCUAUAAUAUGUAAACUAAGGGACAACUUUAAUUUACAUUCCUAAAACUAGAAGCCAACUCUAAAAAAGAGUCCCAUGUGUGAGGAAUGGACUUAAUUUAUAACAUUGGAUGCCAGUGUAAUAUAAAACAAACCUCUAAAUAUUGACUUUUAAAAAAAAAUGUUGCUGAGGACAUGGGAGAAACACCCACUAUAAAAUGUUAAGACAAAUUACAAGCAAACAAUAGAUCCAUGUAUGAAUAUAGAACAAUAGCUUAUGCUCUGACUUCUCAUUUCAUCAAAAUUCUGGUUGUCAUUAAUCCAAUUUGGGCCAUUGCAGUGUCAUUCUUCCAUGGAGGAGAAAUCCUUUUGUGAGAAAAAAAAUGAUCAUUUUAUCAAAGCAACAACUAUGUAUAAAUGUAUAAAUGGUGGUGUGUAUUCUUGGUAUGCAUAUAUUGAAUCAAAUGUAUUUACUUAGGUUUAAUUGUCCUUGCUAUGGUGAAGCAGUAGUUUCAAUUUGAGAAAGAGCAUAACUGUAGAUAAAUAAAAUCAUGUUUAUACUGGAUGUAUAGGUCCCCUAAAGUUUGGGAAGGAAAUUAAUAUAAUAUAAUUUUAGUAACAUGAUCUGAUGUCUGAACAUGUAUAAAAAGUCAUAGAAAGCUUAGAUUUUUGAACCAACAAAAAGGUACAUAUUUGUUUCUAUUUUAAAAGAAUGUGUAUGAAAUAGUCCACAUGCAGAAAAAGACUAGACAAGCAGCUCCAUUUUUCUCUAAAUGCAUAGAGAGUACUCUAAAGUUUGGACCAUCUUACUUGAGAAAUUCUGCUUUGACUUUUUCUGAACUUAAAGAUGGGCCAAUUCUGACAUACUGUGAAUAUGCAAACUCACUUGACUCUAAGUCUAAAUUGUACAAGUGUUUCCUAAUGUGUAUUCCUUAAUUCCUAAGGCAAUUUUAGUUCAAGCUUUCUCUGCCUGGGUGAGAUAUAAACAGCAAGCACAUAGCACAUAUAAAAAGCUUUCUGUUGGUUGAUGUGGAGAAGUACUGGCUAACUGUGGAGCUUUAGGCAUUAGGACCAAGACAGUGUAAGGAUUUGUGCUUACAGUUGUACCAUCUGGAACAAAAUCUCUUCAUUCCCAUUUUCUCUGGGCUUUUAUGUACUGUAAACACAAGCUUUUCUGGUAGUCCUUAAUUACAUUGCACUGUUUGAAAAGCAAGACAGACAGACAGUGGAGGUAAAAGAACCAAGAUGUCUUGCUAUCCCAACCUUACCUCUAGCUAUAUGACUUUGUCUAUCAGUUUUUCCACCUCUAGGCUCCUUUUUCAUGUUUAAAAUGAGAAGACAGAGCUAAGUCCCUUUUAUUGCUAAGAUUCUCUGAGUCUCUUCAUCAUCUCCAGCUCUGUCUUGAAAACACAGGUAUGGUCCACCUCCGUAGUUACAGAACCCUUCACCCAUUCUUCCAUGUUCCCAUGUACCUGGGCAGGAUGAAAGAAGCUAGGUUGUUCGGCUACCCAGGGACUCUUUGGCUUCACUCACAUGAAUAAAGGUUCAUGAGCUUGCACUGUUUUAGAAUUAGAGCUGAAAGAUUUAUAAGAAAACAUGUGGCCCAGUCUUCUCACUGUUCAAAGGGAAGUCUUGCUCUUCACUCUUUUUUAGCUUUCACACACCUGUUCUCUUAAAAUACUGUGUCACAACUUUACUCUUUUGCCUCAGCCCUUCAAAACCCUUGAGCAUAAAUGGCUCCAUGCCUGGAUAGUUGUUAACAUAGACAGCAUUCUGGGAUGUCAAGAAUUCUGGCAUAUGGAAUUUAGGGUAAUAGUUUUAGCAUCUCUGAUAUACCUGCUCCUAGAGACAUUUCCGGAACAGGAUUCAGCUUCCUGUCUCCCCCAGUUAAUAUCAGGGCACAGACAGUGGGUCUCUUUACUAGCUACUAGACAAACAGUGAGAAGAUCUGGGUAUUGCUAUGCGUCUUGAGGCAAAUCUUGUUACUUUCUUGUGACUUGUAAAUGAAAGAGUUGGAAGGAGUUUUGGCAGCUGGUGACCUAAACUGAUAAAACACAGAGUGAAUUAAACAAUGGGUUGACCUAGACGUUCUUAUUAGGAAAGACUUCACCGGUCCAUCUCUUCUCUAACUAAAUUUAAGUUUUGUUUUAAAAUAAAAAACCUAAAAGCAUAGGAGAAACCUGAAAUCCAUGUAGUGUCCCUUCUUCACCAGGGCAGAACACACGGGGGCUGGAGCUGAGCCAUUUCAUGCCUGGCUUCCAAAGAUAAUCACGUUUAGCACUUAUGUCUUUG